ACACAUCCGUUAGCUUUCGUUUUCCCCUCUCGGAAGGGAAGGUCCAAAGGAGCAAGAUGUCCUGCAAAGGGAAGAACGUCCUGAUCGGUUUCUGCAUCGGGUUCCCGUUGGUCCUGUGCAUCGCCUUCCUGGCCGCGUACCUGGAUCUCAAGUCUUCAGACGCGGCCACCCAAGUGGAGACGUGCCGCACGGAGUUGCAGAACCAGAAAUCCUCGGCCCAGGACGGGGUGGCCUCUCUCCAGAGACGCCUCGAAGCCCUGGUCAAGGCGGAGAAGGAGGCCACGGCACUGGCCAAAGGGCUCCGGACACAGCUGGUGACCGCCCAGCAAGGCUUCGCCCAGGCCGAAAAGAACUGGGAGUCGUGCCGGAACCAGAUGAAAACCCUGGUGCAAAACUUCACGGCCGAAAUGGGCAACGCAACACAGCAAGAGGCCAAGCGGUGCCAAGCGGAGACCGACAAACUACAGAGCCAGCUGUCAAAACAAACACAGAAACUGGAGGAAGCCCAGAAGAAGAACCACCAACAGCGGGAGGAUUGCGAGGCCAGAAUCCACCAGAUCCGGGCUGAGCAGAACCAGAGUUCCCGUUGUUCCAGGGCCGCGAUCCCCGAGACUUCCAUCAUGGCCUUCCUCGCGUUCGCCUUCCUCUUCCUCCCAUAGCUUUGCCUGGCGUGGCCCCGCCCCUUUAUUUGCAUAUCAUUUGCAUAUCAUUUGCAUAGCCACUCCCCCUUCCCCGGGGCAGCCUUUGCUUUGCUUCUCCAGUGCUUCCUAUGCAAUCACAUGGAUUAAAUGCCACUUUACUGUGUUUGGAUGGACUUUUUGGGAGUUGUAGUUCACCCGCAUCCGGAGAUACUGGGACCCCCACCGACAAUGGACCGGGACCGAAAUAAACACAGAAAAGCCCCUUGACUAAAUAAACCUAUUACAGGGGUUUGUGGGAA